AUGGAGAUACAGAAUGGUGCAGAACUCUGUUUCCCACAUCUUUUCAACAGCUCCUGCAAGAAGCCAAUACUUCCCUGGACUGAAGCUGUGCUCCUGAAUACUGUGCUCUUCUUCAUCUGCCUUAUUGCUGCAGCUCUCAACCUGCUCGUCAUCAUCUCAGUCUCCCAUUUCAGGCAGCUCCAAAAACCCACAAACAUCCUACUCCUCUCUUUGGCUGUCUCAGACUUCUUGGUUUGUUUCCUGAUGAUGCCAGUUGAAAUCUUUAGAAACACUGCAUGCUGGUUAUUUGGGGACCUCCUAUGUAUAUUAUAUUUCUAUGUUGCCUGUGUUGUUCUUUGUGCUUCAAUUGGAAACAUUGUUUUUAUAUCAGUUGACCGUUAUGUCGCUAUUGUCGACCCUCUGCAUUAUCCCAACAAAAUCACUUUGGUAAGGGUUAAAUGCUGUGUUUGUUUGUGUUGGCUAUGGAAUGUUUUCUACAUUAUUUUGAUUUUGAAAGAAGAGUUGAUUCAACCUGGCAGAAGAAAUUCCUGCAUCGGACAGUGUGAAAUGUCUCUUAAUUAUAUUGCAGGAACUGUUGAUCUGAUAUUAAACUUCAUAUUUCCUGUCACAAUCAUCAUUGUUCUAUACUUAAGGGUUUUUGUGGUGGCUGUGUCCCAAGCUCGUGCCAUGCGCUCUCACAUUACAGCUGUCACACUGCAGCUCUCAGUGAAUGUAAAAAAUAAGAAGUCUGAGUUAAAAGCAGCUAGGACACUUGGUGUUCUUGUAAUAGUAUUUUUAACAUGUUACUGCCCAUAUUACUGUUAUUCUGUUGUUGAAAGUGAUUUAACCAGUACACCCUAUGCAUCCUUUUUUUUCUUUCUCUUUUAUUUUAACUCCUGUCUAAACCCUGUGAUCUAUGCUUUGUUUUACCCCUGGUUCAGAAAAGCUGCUAAACUUAUUGUCACUCUGCAGAUACUUGAACAUGGCUCCUGUGAAGCCAACAUAUUAUAG